AUGUCUCACUCGAUCGGCAACUCGGAACUGGACCACACGCCAUCAUCACCACUCGCCUGGCCCAUGGCGCACAUCGGACACGGCACUCACGGCACGGCACCACACUGCGGCGACCCCAUCGCCACCAGCCUCAGCGCCAACAACGCCCGCGCGACCCCUCGCUGCGUACAUCAGGAACUGGCAGGCAUGCAUCUGGCUCUGGCUCUUGACUCACGUCUCGCGCCUCUUGAUUCGCGAAAUCUGGACGGUGGCAACUCCCACGCACCGGUCAUGACCCGAACAUCCUCGGCCGCUGCCUCUCAUGCCGCCCAUCCAUCUGUCCCAACCGCGAGCCAAUCUCUCAACACAUGCAACACGGGCAACGGCAAGCGAAAUCACGAAUCCGUCGACAUGGACUACUCGCACACUUACACCUACCGCUCGAUACCUUCAUCUUGGCAAACGACGCACACGACGGCAACAGUGACUCAACAACCUCGUGUCGACGACGUUCAAGUCUAUGAACCCGCCGACUAUUGCUCAAAGCUUUGGAGCGAAUCCGACCCUCCUGAAGCCACGCACGCACUACGUAUCGCCAAGUACGAGUAUCUCGACCCAUCUGUCGCCGCCCUCAUCGCUUGCUUCGAGCGACAUGAGUCGACAGAGUACACAUCGCAGCAAUGCAUUUCAAGCACUUCAUCGACUGGGCUGAAAGCGUCGGAACGGAGACGGAAGCACAUCGAAAAUGGCAGGCAAUCCAUCGCACCCAAGAGCCUACCAGACGGUCCGAAGGCAACCAAAGCGACAGAGUCAGACGAGAAGCAUCGCGAGCCUAUCAAGCGACAAGACACAGCAUCGAAUCGUAAGGAAGCCAUUGCGAAGGCACCCUAUGUCCGACCACAACACCCCAAGUUGUAUUGCAACAUGUGCACGGAAUUUCCCGGCGGAUUUCGAGGCGAGCACGAACUACGCCGCCACUGGGAUCGUGCUCACGCGGAAUGUCGAAAGGUGUGGAUCUGUAAAGAACCGUCGGUCAAGACAGAGUGGUGGCCUGCCAAGCCAUUGAGCAUUUGCAAGCAGUGUAAGCAAGCGAAGCAGUACAACGUGUAUUACAAUGCCGCUGCUCACUUGCGCCGCGCCCAUUUCUGCCCAAGAAAGCGAGGACGCAAGGCCCGAGGAGAGGAGCGAGAAAGCAGAGCAGGCAAAGCUGGAGGUGAUUGGCCUCCGAUUGAUUGGUUGAAGGCUAAUGGAUGGUUGCAAGAAAUCGAGGUCUCCUCCGAGCAAGCAUUCGGCAGCGUGCUUGCCCGUUCGUAUCCCCCCGAAGAGAGCCAAGACUUGAAUGCUGGUUAUGACGCGGCUUUCCACCCGGAUCUCGCAUCGGUGGCAGCUGCGGCCCAACUGCCAGCGCAUCACGAGCAGCAUUCGGCCGAAGCGCUUGCACUUGACACAUAUCCUGUGUGCCCACCCACGACGGAAUACAACUUCGGGUAUCCGACACCAAUCGAUUCGACUUCGACGACGACGACGAUGCAAUGGCCAGCGCCAGGUGACCUCAUCAGCGCCCCCAUGAUGGAGCACAGCAUCUCAGCCCCACCCGCAUUCACUACCAUGACACCCCUAUCGACGAUGGACAUGUAUGCCACUCACGGGCACGGGUUUGCCACAUUCUGA